AUGGAUACCCUCAAAAAUGAUCGGCUGAUCGAUCGAUACACGACCGAUCACCGUAUCGUUCAUCUCGGAGACAUCGCUCUCGCAGUUCUAGUCGUCACCGGCAUCACAGGCGUCACAGACGUGAUCGCUCGCGUUCUCGCUCGCCCAGGGAUUAUCGCCACCAUCGUAGCUCAGUCCUCGCUAGCUCUUCGUCCAGUUCGCUCGGUUCUCUGCUGGCAGCAAAUUCCUUACAAAAAGAUGCGUCGUGAGCGUGUUGAAAGGGAACGACGUGAAAAACGCUUGAAGCAAGAUGUGGUGACAGCCCACAGCAAGCUUCUUGACGGCAUCAAGAUGCGUUCACUGAAGAAGUGGUCCCUGGAGGAUGAUGAUGAUGACGAUGUGCCACCUCCUACAGUGAUUAAGGAAGAUACCUUGGUAAAAGAGGAGGAGGAUGAGGUCGAUCCUCUCGAUGCUUACAUGCAGGAAGUCAGUAAGGAGGCCCAUCAACAAGUAGAUGAUACCACUGUUCUUCAUCUGGUUCAAACACCUGCUGGUCUCAUUCAGGCUCCAGGACUCGUAACAAAUCCUCAGUUGGGGCCGGGAAAUAACGUUACUACUAAGGAUUCCCAGAAAACUCAGAAGAAGGUCGGUAGAGGCGAACUAGUCCUCGAUGAGGACGAACAGGAUGUUGACAUGCCCUAUUAUCCUGAACCGGAGGAGAGAAUUUCCAUUGCAGAUGCAUUGGCACAACUUCAGAAGCGCGAAAAACUUGGGGCGGUGGAUCACAGUAAGAUCGACUAUCAGCCCUUCACAAAGGACUUCUAUGUUGAGGUACCCGAAAUUGCGAAGAUGACGAAGGAGCAGGUGAAGGUCUACCGUCAGCAGUUGGAGAACAUCCAUUGCCAAUCCUUGCCAGUUAUAAUGUCUGGUCGGGACAUGAUAGGCAUUGCAAAGACAGGCAGCGGGAAGACACUGGCCUUUCUUGUUCCACUGGCGCGCCACUUGGAACAUCAAGCGCCCCUCGAGCCCGGUGAUGGCCCCAUCGCCCUCCUCCUUACACCCACCCGUGAGCUCGCUCUCCAGAUCUACAAGGAGGCCAAGCGGCUGGGUCAGACCUGUGGCUUCCGCUGUGUCUGUGUCUACGGUGGCACAGGUAUCUCCGAGCAAAUCGCUGAUCUGAAACGCGGUGCCGAGGUCAUUGUCUGCACACCCGGACGCAUGAUCGAUAUGCUCGCUGCCAAUGGAGGUCGAGUGACUAAUCUUCGACGCACUACUUACGUGGUGUUGGACGAGGCCGACCGCAUGUUCGAUCUGGGCUUCGAGCCACAGGUGAUGCGCAUCGUGGACAACUGUCGACCGGACCGCCAGACUGUCAUGUUCUCCGCCACCUUUCCCCGUCAAAUGGAGGUGCUGGCUCGCAAGGCCCUUACCCUACCCAUCGAAGUGCAAGUUGGUGGUCGCUCCGUUGUCUGCUCCGACGUCACUCAGAAAGUUGCGGUGUUGCAGACAGAGGAGGAGAAGGUAAUGAAGUUGUUGGAGCUGUUGGGUAUCUACCAGGAGGAGGGCUCCGUUUUAGUCUUCGUUGAGAAACAGGAAAGUGCGGACGAGUUGAUGCGAGUGCUGAUGAACUAUGGGUACCCCUGUCUCUCGCUGCACGGUGGCAUUGAUCAGUAUGAUCGUGACUCUGUGAUCACCGACUUUAAGAAAGGUAACAUCCGCCUCCUCAUUGCUACUUCGGUAGCAGCGCGGGGUCUUGAUGUCGCCGACCUGGUGCUUGUGGUCAACUACGACUGUCCCAACCACUAUGAGGACUAUGUCCAUCGCUGCGGUCGAACAGGUCGUGCGGGAAAGAAGGGCACGGCGUACACCUUUAUAACACCGGACCAGGAAAAGAACUCAGCAGAUCUGGUGAAGGCCUUCAACGCGAGUGGUCAGAUGGUGCCCGAGGACCUCUACCUCAUGUUCCAGGCCUAUAAGGAGCGCAUGAUGAUGGAGGGUAAAAAGGUGUAUAGCGGCAGUGGCUCCGGCUUCCGUGGGAAGGGCUUCCGCUUUGAUGAGGUGGAGGCGCAGUUGGCCAGUGACAAGCGUCGCUUUGCCAAGGCCGCCCUAGGCAUCGAAGACUCGGAUGACGAGGGUUCUGCUGAGGGUGGUAGUGCUGGCGGUGUCGACUGGGACAGCAAGAUUGAAGACAUGUUCAGCUCCAAGCGGAAGGUCAUUGAUGUGGCCAAGUCGGCCGCGGAGGCCAAUGCGUCCACUGAUUCUCUGGACCCGAAGAUAGCCGCGCAGCUGGAGUUGGCAAGACAGAAGGCCAACCAGGUGGCACUGCGGGGCGGUCUUGGCACGAGCGCAUCGAAAACGGUGUUAGGAGGCACUGCGGCGGCGGCAGCGGGAGGGGUGCCGAACGCUGGCCGCACGGCUGCCGAACUGGCCGCAGAGCGACUCAACGCUAAAUUGGGCUACUCCAAGUCCUCGUCCAUUGCUAACGCCGAUGGUGACGACGAGGGUAGCAGUGCUGCCGCUAACAAUGCUACAGACUUUGUCCGGAGGUAUGAGGAGGAGUUGGAAAUCAACGACUUUCCGCAGAACGUGCGAUGGCGCAUUACGGGACGGGAGUUGUUAACUCACCUGAACGAGUACUGUGACGUGGGGGUCUCGGUGCGCGGGGUCUACAUCCCCCAAGGCAAGGGCAUCUCCGCCGCCUCGGCUGCGGCUGCAGCAGGUCUCGUGGACUCGAGCGACGAGCGACCACUCUACCUCUGCCUCGAGGCUACCAACGAGCGCAGUAUCCAACUUGCCAAGGCCGAGAUUAUGCGCAUCAUCAAGGAGGAGCUCGUCAAAUUAAGCCUGAGAGGGUAUUUGUCGCAAUGUAGACUUCAGCUGGAUAAUGUUCAGGUCGUUGUCAAUAUUCUAUCCCCUUUUAAUGGUGACAAUGCAAUCGAGAUUUGGUGUGGUGGCCACUUUUUGGUGUUGUUAUUUCCUAAGUCACCCGUGACGAAGCAAUGA